UUGAACCAUUUUAGAAAAUUCACACCCGUCACCUCCACGGCUCCACCGAUUCCAUUCAAGAGUCUCCACCGCCAUCGCCACCCCUCGCCGAUGUAAUGCAAGAGCUCCACCGUAACAACAACCUCAUCAACAACAGACGCCAAGUUAUGCCCAUCCCCUUCCUCACUCCCUCCCGACUCAAGACCCUCUUCCUCCUCCUCUCCCUCCUCUUCAUCCUCCUCCUCCUCCUCCGCCAGCCCCCUCCUCUCCUCCCCGUCCCCGCCGGUACCUCCGCCUCCGCCACCCACCGCCGUCACCUUCUCUUCUCCAUCGCCUCCUCCGCUCGCUCCUGGCGCCGCCGCAAGCCCUACGUCCGCCUCUGGUACAACCCCAAGUCCACGCGCGCCUUCGUCUUCCUCGACAGCUCCGAACCCCUAUCCGACCCCGAUCCCUCCCUCCCGCCAGCUAUCGUCUCCGAGGACGCCUCCAGGUUCCCCUACACCUUCCGCGGCGGCCUGCGAUCGGCGAUCCGCGUCGCGCGCGUCGUCAAGGAGGUCGUCGAUCGUGGCGAGCCCGGCGUGAGGUGGUUCGUGUUCGGCGACGACGAUACGGUGUUCUUCGUCGAUAAUCUGGUGAGGACGCUGUCGAAGUACGACCACGAGCGGUGGUUCUACGUCGGGAGCAACUCCGAGGGCUACGAGCAGAAUGCCAAGAACUCGUUCGACAUGGCGUUCGGCGGCGGAGGGUUCGCCAUCAGCAGCUCCCUCGCUAGGGCUCUGGCCAAGGUCUUCGACUCCUGCUUGGUGAGGUACGCGCACUUGUACGGCAGCGACGCUAGGGUCUUCUCCUGCGUGGCCGAGCUUGGCGUUGGGUUGACGCAUGAACCGGGAUUUCAUCAGGUUGAUGUGCGUGGGAAUUUGUUUGGAUUGCUGUCUGCACAUCCACUAUCACCUUUGUUGUCGCUUCAUCACUUGGAUGCUGUGGAUCCGAUCUUCCCUAAUACAAACAGGACUCAGGCUUUGGAGCGUCUUUUUGAAGCUGUGAAUGUUGAUCCUGCCAGGAUUUUGCAGCAAACAGUUUGUUAUGAUAGUUCGCGUUUGUUGACUAUUUCUGUAGCUUGGGGUUAUGCGAUUCAGGUGUUUGAAGGCAACGAACUUCUUCCAGAUCUCCUUUCUGUUCAGAAAACCUUUACGCCAUGGAGAAGGAGUGCUCGUGUUGAUGCAAGUCAUUAUAUGUUUAACAUGAGAGAUUUUCCUAAGGAUAUAUGUAAGGGACCUGGGGCAUUUUUUCUGGAAAGCGUCAUAUCUGAUCAGAAUGGUAUUCAGAGCAACUAUGCAAGAUACAGUGCUGGGAAUUGCCCCGAAGAUAAUGCAACAAAAAAUCUGGAAUACAUUAGAGUGUUUUCAAAGACGCUAGAGCUGGAUAUUGAACAGAUGAAGGCUAUUCGUCGUCAGUGUUGUGAGGUUUUGCCCUUCUUUAAUGAAUCAAUGGUUAUUAACAUUAGACCAUGUCGGGUUGAUGAAUUGAUUUCUAUGUACCCCUAGCUCUCUCUUGGAAUAUUUUCUUGGAAAUUGUUUGAGAGAAGUGCAAAUGUCAGAGAACAUGAAGGCAGUUUUUGUCUUCCUGUUGAAGUUCGUAAGGUAAAUUGUAAGGAGAGGCAGAUGCUGAAGAUGGCUUGGCGAUAUUCGGGAUUAUCAAUGGAGAAAAGCCUGUGAUAAUUUGUUUUGAUUUGCCUGAUAGAAGAAACAGAGUUUUGAAGCGAUUGUGAAAUUCUGCUGCCUAUGAAGGAUUUUGGUGUUUGGUACUAGAUAAACUUGCCCGAGUCAUCAAAGUAUAGUUUGGAUUUGACGACAAUGCGGGAUCAUGCCAUCUAUAUCUCAAUGUGGGAUGAGAGUUAUUACAUUGAGAUCUAGACUGACUUGCAAAGCCACAUGCCACGAUUGUGCGGUAGACGCGCAAUCCUUUAGACCAAAGUCAAUAGAAUAGGCAACGGCUUUGGUGAGUUUUUCUUUAAAGCCCCG